UGUUCACGUUCGGCUGCGAGUGUAGUAGUGUCGAGGGACACUCAUCAACACCGCCACUAUCCCCAUGAGCUGAUGGCGACUGAACGCAAUGGGGUGUACUCUGAUUACGAAGCAUCAAGAUCAAUAUCGAUGACUACGUGAAAAGGGACAAGUUUUCACUUUGAUCUAGAUCGCAUUACAUUUACCAGGCAAAUAGAGAUCGUCAGGCGUUGAUCCCAUUUGUCGAUUAAGCGGUACGUGCGCAAAACCAUCGUCAACCAUCGCAAACCAUCGGAAAACCAUUUUGUGUGCUACACGGUUGUGGUGGUGUGCGUGAGAGCCGUGUGGUUCGAUGCAUUGCAUAAAAUGACCCGAGUGCUCGUUUCGUGAGAACAAUACGUAGCAAGCCGUGAGCGAGUGAAGUACGUACCGUUUGUCAUUUCAACAUCCACCAUACAGCUUCCGGAAAGGAACGUUUGACGCAAAUUCUGAAGUCCGCGGUAAAGCUGUCGUCCUUCUGUGCCAGUGCGUAUAAAGGCCUGACAACUUACGUCGUGCAGGCUAAACGUGUUUACACGCUAAACGAGUCCAUACUCCAUUCCCUUUUCUACUGUGUCAUCCGUGUGAGCCGUCACUAGGAAAUGAUGAAAUCGAUCUUCUUUGGAAUCGUUGCCCUGAUGUUUGCGGCUGUUGUCAUGCAGCAGGAGCAGGCAUCGGCACAAGUUACCGACACGGAUCUUCCCUCAAGCACCGACGAAUGGAACUACAUGAACCGUAGCUGCUCCGCCAAGCUGCAAGAUCAGAUCAACAAAGAGUUCGAUGCGGCGCUCUUCUACAUGCAGUACGCCGCCUACUUCGCCCAGUACAAGGUGAAUCUGCCCGGGUUCGAAAAGUUCUUCUUCAGCGCUGCCUCAGAGGAGCGCGAACAUGGCAUGAAGCUGAUCGAGUAUGCGCUGAUGCGCGGACAAAAGCCCAUUGACCGCAACACCUUCUCGCUGCACUUCGGCAAUCAAGUACAACCGGAACCGGAGCAGGGUUCGGUGGCACUGGCCGCACUGAAGGCUGCCCUCGCCAAAGAACAGGAGGUGACGAAGAGCAUCCGCGAGCUAAUUAAGGUGUGCGAGGAAGACCACAACGAUUACCAUCUGGUCGACUACCUGACGGGCGAGUUCCUGGAAGAGCAGCACCAGGGCCAGCGCGAUCUGGCUGGCAAGAUUACCAUGCUGAGCAAACUGUUGCGAACGAACCCCAAGCUGGGCGAGUUUAUGUUCGACAAGCAGAACAUGUAAAGCAGCAUCAAUGCAACAGCAAAAAACCAAUCCAUCUCCCUGUAGGAGCGCAUCGUGCUUGAAACCCCGUUGAGGAUGGGCUUAAGAGGGGGUUGAAAUUCAAUAAAAUUCCUGAUAAGAUUCAAUCCGUCUGUUGCUAGCGCAGCGUUUGUGGUACUUGAGUGGGCCCGGGUUGGAAAUAUCGCGUUGCGUUGUUUGUAUUGUGAUAAACCUUUUGUUUAAACCGCAGGUUCUUAUUCCCCACCAUCACAGACAUAAAAGGAAUAGGAAUGCAAUGGCACUCAUUUAACAAAGGAGAAAUAAAUCGUUUAGAAAUGUG